AUGGCCAAGUCUCAAGAGCAGCAACACCCCAAGAAGGCCUUUGGAUGGGCAGCCAGAGAUUCAUCUGGUGUUCUCUCUCCCUUCAAUUUCUCAAGAAGAGAAACGAGAGAGAAAGAUGUGGCAUUCAAAGUGUUAUACUGUGGGAUAUGCCAUUCUGACCUUCACAUGGUGAAGAACGAAUGGGGGAUUACUACCUAUCCCUUAGUUCCCGGGCAUGAGAUUGUUGGAGUAGUGACAGAGGUAGGAAGUAGAGUGCAAAAAUACAAAGUUGGAGACAAGGUAGGUGUUGGGUGCCUGGUGGGAUCUUGCCAAUCUUGUGAUAAGUGUGCAGACAAUCUUGAGAACUACUGCCCCAGACUUAUACUCACCUAUGGUGCCAAGUACCACGACGGAACCACCACAUAUGGAGGUUACUCCGACAUCAUGGUGGCCGAUGAGCACUUCGUGAUUCGAAUUCCGGAUAACCUGCCUCUUGAGGGUGCUGCUCCUCUCCUUUGUGCCGGGAUUACAACCUACAGCCCCUUGAGAUAUUAUGGCCUCGACAAACCUGGCAUGCAUGUCGGUGUGGUUGGCCUUGGUGGUCUAGGCCAUGUGGCAGUGAAGUUUGCCAAGGCUAUGGGGGUUAGGGUUACAGUGAUUAGUACCUCCCCUAGUAAGAAGGAGGAAGCUAUUAAACGUCUCAAAGCCGAUUCAUUUUUGGUCAGCCGCGAACAAGAUCAGAUGCUGGCGGCCUGGGGCACAAUGGAUGGUAUAAUCGACACGGUUUCUGCAGUUCACCCUAUCUUGCCUUUGAUUCGUUUGUUGAAGACUAACGGAAAACUUGUGGUGCUUGGUGCACCAGAGAAGCCCCAUGAGCUUCCUGUUUUUCCUUUGCUAAUGGGAAGAAAGAUGGUCGGUGGUAGCAACAUUGGAGGUGUGAAGGAGACACAAGAGAUGAUUGAUUUUGCGGCCAAGCACAACAUAACAGCCGAGGUUGAGGUUAUACCUAUUGACUAUGUGAACACUGCUAUGGAGCGCCUCGCGAAAGCGGACGUCAGAUACCGAUUUGUUAUCGACGUUGGAAAUACAUUGAAGCCUGCCUUUUAA